UUGAUUAUAUCGUGGUUUUAUUGGGGUUGCACUGCUGGUGUACUUUUAUUCUUUGUGUCUUCUUUUUAGUUAUUUCUUUUCUACUUCUACUCAAACCCGCUAUUCAUUAAUCAUAAUGGUUGGAAGAAACCCAUUAUCCAUAAGCUCAUUGAUCAACAACGAUAGCGAAAUCGUAAACAACUACAAACAACCAAAUUAUAAUAAUUCCUUUGAAAAUGAGAACAGCCCUGGGAAUCAUAAUGGAAAUAAUGCAAAGACCCCUGAUCAUUCAAAGCAAAACACUAAUACUACCGGUUUAUCUCAGAGCUUAAAAUUAAGUUCAAAUUAUGCCAUAAAUGAUGAUUCUGAUUCUGAUCUUGAAUUGUCUGAUAGCAAUGGAGCUUUACAAAAUACAAAGAAAAAAGCUAAUAUCAAGUCUAUGGACAAACUAUCCUUGUCUAAUUAUGGAAGUAGCAAGAAGUCUUCAUUUUCAUCAUCUGGAAUCCCAACUCAUCAGUUUAAUAUUAUAAAAUACAAUAACAAUAGCACUACCACUGCUACUAAUAAUAAUGCUAAUGCUAAUGCUAAUGCUAAUUUUAAUGUUAAUAGUGUUGAGAAGAUUUCAAUAUGCAAAUGGGUGAACUGUGAUAAAAAAUUUCACUCCUUAGAUAAAUUAGUUCGUCAUAUUAACAACGAUCAUAUUGGGAUUCGACAGUCAAAAUAUAAAUGUGAAUGGAAUGGGUGUUUAAGAUUUGGAGUUAAUCAACCAAGUAGAUUUGCACUAGUUUCUCAUUUAAGAUCACAUACGGGAGAAAAACCAUUUUAUUGUAUUGUGCCAGAAUGCUCAAGAAAUUUUACAAGAUCAGAUGCUUUAACAAAACAUAUGAGAACAGUUCAUAAUAAUAUUCCACAUAUUGACGAUGACAAUCAGUAUAAUGAGCAACACAAUAUUAAUAAACUGACCAUGAAAAUGAAAAGUGGAUCGAAUGAUAAUAACAGUAAUGGUAAUAGUAACAAUAACAAUAACAAUAACAACAAUGAUAAUGAUUUCAGUAAUGAGGUGAAAAGGUAUAAUUUUCCUUGGUGGUUUGAAAAUAAAAAUUUGUUUUCCAAUAGGAAAAACAAAAUAUCGAAUUUUAUUGAUAGCGAUAAUGAAGAAAAUGAUAGUAAUAUAAAGAACAAUAAGAAUACUAUUAACUAUGGUGUUAAUUACGAUAUCAAUUAUGAUAAUAAUUAUGACAACAUUGACCUAUUAAAUGAUAAAAGAUUUCAACAUGAGAGAAACGCUAGAACUCGAUUUAAACAAUUGAUUAAAUUAUUUAACAACAAGGGAAACAAUAACCAAAUUAAUAAAGAACUGCUAUUGGCCGAGUUAUUAUUUAACAAUCCAAAUGACGAUUGCAAAAUUAUCAAGAUUAAUAUCAAGAAUACUAUAAAUAAUACAAAUAAUAAUUUAAUACUUAAUAGCAUCCAUGAUAGCGAUUACCUUAAUGAUGAAAUCAAUUUGGAUUAUAAUGACUAUUAUAAUCACAAUCAUAAUACAAAUGGCAAUAGGAACAAUUUCAGUAAUAACCUUCAUAACAGUAUAAGUAAUGAUGGCAGUAUAAAUAUUGGAAAUAUAGGCCAGACAAAUAAGAAAAGAAGAUUAUCCAAUAAAUCAAAUGGAUAUCAGGAGAUUUAUUCCAAUAACAAUUAUAAUAACAACAAUUACUAUAAUAAUGACAAUGACAAUGAUAAUAAUGACAACGACAAUGAUAAUAAUGAUAUUAGAGAGAAUAAAAGACCUUUAACGAAAUUUCAGAGAGAGAUUAUCGAACAAAUAAUGUAUACACUCUCAACAAAUGAUAAUGAUAACCAUAGUGAUAAUGACAAUGACAAUGACAAUGACAAUGACAAUGAUAAUAUGGACAACAUAGAGAAGACUGAGAAUAUAAAUGAAUUGAAUGGGAUAUACAAUAGAUUGAAAAGAAAAUUAGGGUGGAGUCUAGAGGUUAAGGAGUUAUUAGAAAAGGAUUUAAGAAAAGUUAUGAAGGAAAAAGAAGAACUUUGGUAUAAGAAAGAGGUUUUAUUAGAUACUACUUUUAAGAUGGAAUUGAAUGAAAAACUUGAAAAGAGAUUAAUUAAAAAUGAUUAAUUAAUAAUCGAUGUAUAUUAAAAGUGAAAUUGGUAAAUAUAGUAUAGUUGAUUUUUUUUUUUUUUUUUGUAUUUUAUUUUAUUUCGUUGUAAUUUUAAAUUAGUUUGGUUGAAUUAUGUAUUACUGUUACAAAGACCAUCUGUUACU